AUGAAGACGAAGGCUGAAUUUGGUGGGCUUCUAGUCGGACUCAAAGAUGAGGUCGCCUUCUCGGUUCUUCACUUUUUGUGGAGAGCUUGUUCGGGUUGUCUUCCUACGAAGGUACAACUUAGCACUAAACAUGUGAAUGUCGAUCUCAUAUGUCCUUUAUGCAAUGUCUAUUAUGAGACGAUUUUUCAUGUGCUUAUUGGGUGUCGUUUUGCCCAAGCCUGCUGGCACCUCUCGACUGCUGCAAUUGCUGCUGUUGUGGAUGAUUUCAGCAGCUGGUUUUUCAAUCUUUUGGACAGCAAUCAAGCUGAGGUGGUUGUCGACGCCGCAAUGAUUUCAUGGAGCAUUUGGAAGACACGAAACGAAGUCUUCUGGCAAAAGAAAACCAGCACUGCGUUGAGAGUAGUUCAGUCAGCUAAGAAGGUCCUUGAUCAAUGGCGAGUUGCAAACAAGAACACAACAACCUCUUUUGGUACUGGUGUACUUUCUAACAGCAACAUUUGGAGCAAACUAAUGGGUGGAAAGAUCAAGGUAAAUGUUGACGGUGCUAUCUUUAAAGCUCAAUAA